UCCGGAUCGGCCGCGGCGGCGAACACUUUGAGCACGCCUGUGUGAAACGUCAAUAACGACGUUGAUAGCGCGACGAGUAGAGUUGCCCGACUGCGGUUUGAACUUUAUAUAAUUAAAAAUCCAUAACUCGGCGUACGGUACGGAGGCGCGUUUCGGUCAGGUUUGCUUUUAUGGUGAUCGAACCCGACAAUGGACGGUGACGGACGUUCGGCACUGAUACAUCUCUACGUUUGAGCAAUCGACGCGUCGGUCGGCCGAGGAACGCGUUUUAUCGAAACAGCGGGUAGGUGGUACACGUUGGUGCAAUGUUACGAGUUAUUCGGGUAGUUGUGUAACGCGAAGUGCAAAGAGAACCAUGAAGAAGUAUAUCAUCUCUUUGCUACUAUUUCACAUAAUACUGCCGUUGAGCUUACUAAUAAGUAUUUGUUUAAAACAAAAUGCAUUAACUGGAGUGUAUCUAAUUUUACUACUCUAUCUUCCUGUAAUAAAAACGCCUACUUCAAAAAAUAUAAAUGGAGGUUCAGGAGUGUUUUUAAAAACUAUUACUUUAAUUAGUUGGCUCAUGGUAUUAAUUCAGCUUGUAUUCCAAAUUAUUCUUCUUAUAAUGCAGCCAUAUGGAAAAGUUCUAGAACCAACUUGCGAUGGAAUAGAACGCUUGUUUCGUUAUAUUGGUUUAAUUGAACUAUCAAAACUGCAAUUAAUUGAAAUAUUUUAUUUCUACUUACCAGAAUUAAUUAUGGUUUGUGCAUCUACUAUUAUACAAAGAAUGUUAAUUAAAAUUAACUCUGAGGUAGAAGAAACAUCAAAUACAUUUGUUGAAAUCACUGAACCUGAAUCAAGAGCAACAUGGCAACAAACAAGCUCUAUUUCUAUUGCUAUUUCUAUUGGAAAAUAUCUUUGUUUGGUUAUUAUUUGUUUGGCUGGAGUGGCAGUACCUUCAAUAAUCAGUGCAUUUUAUUACAUCACAUUCUUAGGAAUAAUGACUUGGUGGUCAUGUUAUCAUCCUAUAACUCGUGGAUUUGCUUACUUAUUUCGUUUUAUUUGUUUUAUUGCCUGUAUACAUGUAUCUUUUCUUUUUGUAUAUCAAAUGGAGUGGGCUCAAAUACUUUUACCUCCAGAUUCACCAAUUGCAAGAUAUUAUGGUCUUAUUGCUAUUAGAAAAACUAUAUGUACAGAUCGUGUUAUUGUCAAAUUCGUAGACUGUGAAUGGCCGAUGUAUGCAUUUCCAUUAAUAUUGGUUUUUACUCAUUACCUAUUAUGGUUUGAAUCUCUUCUAAUCUUAAACAAUCCGGAUCUCGAAACAAAAGAACCAUUAGGAAUGACUCGGCAAGUAACAGUUCGUUUAUCUCAAAAAGGUCCCAAUAGAUAUUUUUUUCGAAAUAAAACCAAUCGGUGGCGUGCUGCCACUCGUAAAGUUUGCAUGCACGCUUUUACCGAACAUAAUAUGGCUCUUCCCACGGAAAGUACACCUGAUGUACAGCUAAAUGAGUUGAUUCGUGGUCAAAGCACUCUAUAUACUACAAGUCCAACUAGAACUGAUAGUCCUUCAUGCAGUGUUGUAGAAAGUGAAGUCCAAAAACCUAAUGCCCAGAAAGAUGGUUAUUCAGAUGAUAAAGAAUAUAAGUCAAACAUUUUUUAUUACUUAAUGGAUGUCCUAAGUACUGUUUCACAAUUUAUUACGCGCACUUCAUAUAUAGGCACAAAUAUUGUAAUGAUGGCUUGGAGUAUAACAUAUCAUAGUUGGUUAACAUUUAUAUUGCUGUUAUGGGCUAGUAUUUCUUGGAUGGUUCCUCAACAAAGAAAAACUAUGUUAAGGUCAUCACCGUUCCUAGUUUUUUAUGCAGAAUUUUUACUUUUAUCUCAAUUCUUAUAUUGUAUGAAUUUAAAUGACAACGAAUUGCCCCAAACCAUUCAAGAUUGGAAUUUAGAACAAAUUGGAUUCACUAAAGUGCUUCAUUUUCCUUGCAAACCUUUAAUAAUCAAGACAUUAUUUACAACUAUGUUUUGGAUUACAUUGAGACAAUUUAUGCAAGAAAGAAGAGAAGCUAGAAGUCAUUCAGCCGUAGCUAAUAUGAUAGCACCUCUUCAAGUUACAGUAGGAACAGCAACUGCUAUGGGAGGUGAUUCAAAUACAAAAGGCAGUCAACUUAUGCAAAGAUUAGGCGAAGAAGCAAAAAUUAUUCUAACCAAAUUUUGGAUUUGGGUUGUAGCUUUUGUAUUAUUUGGAAUUGGCAUCACUGGUGAAAGGAUGACAAUAUUCCGAAUUAUUUACAUGGCACUGGCAUUAAUAUUUUUACUAACAUUUCAACUGUCAUGGGUUUUGUGGAGGAAAAUUAUGUAUGGUUUCUGGCUUACGGUCAUAAUAUAUUCUAUGCUCAUAUUAGUUAUGACAUACACAUAUCAGUUUGAUAAUUUUCCGUAUUAUUGGGAAAAAUAUUUAAAAAUUCCGCCCACACUGCAACUUGAUAUUGGUUUGGAAAAGUUUGAAACUGGAGAGCUUUUCGUUCGUCUUUUAACUCCAACAUUUUUUGUCAUUAUCACUGUUGUCCAACUUUACUAUUUCCAUAAAGAUUUUUUGGCAAUUUCUGAUAUUAAAAGUCGAGGGACUAGUAUUGUGAAACCAUCCAAACCAGGGAAUUCUUCUGAGUCAGAUAGUGAUAAAGAAUCAUCAAAUUCUAGCAUAUCUCUGACUGAAAAAUGUCGACCACGUUCAAGCUUUAUUUCAGAAAGACAAUCUUUUAAAAUAUUUAAAAAUCUUCCAAAAGUCAAAUUACGUUCAUUCUUUAAAAUUUUUAAAACCUUUCUUUCAUAUAUAAUUGAACUGGCAUGGUUGUACGCCGAAUUACACAUGAUAAAAAUUAUAUUAUUGUGUGUCAUGUUUUUGGCAGUUUACGAGGUUUGUUUGGUCCAUUUUGUAUUGGUUGCAUUGGUAACUAUUUCACUAGUAUUUAAUAGUCGUAUACAAUCAAUUAUUAUCUACAUCAUAUCUGUGUAUGUAUCAAUAUUAUUACUAACCAAGAUGAUUUAUCAAAUUGAAUAUAUAAGAGAAGGUAGAUGGAAUGUUACAUGUCCGGAUCCUGAUAAUCCAAGUUCUACUAAAGAUUACAACACUGCAAAUUGGGUUGGAUUCAAAAAGGCUACAGCUAAUUUAUCUUUACUUAAUUUACUUAAAGGCUAUAUUUGCAUAGUUUUUGUUAUUACAUUACAUAGAGUAGUAAUUACUCGACAAAAAUAUAAGAGACAUUUAAAAGGUAGACCAUUAGCAAAACCUUUAAGGAUGUUUCCAGGUAUUACAUUUAAAGAUGUUGAUCUUGACAUUCCUCACUGUCUUAAAUAUUUAUUGAACUUUGGUUUUUAUCGAUUUGGUGUUGAGAUUACCCUAAUAUCUGUGGCCAUAUUAAUAGGAACCAGAAUGGAUUUUUAUGCUGUACUUUAUGCGUUAUGGUUAAUGAUUUUUGUUAUGUUAUCAAGAGGAACAUUAGCAAAAGCGUGGAUAGUUUUUAUGUUUUUUAUUGUUAUUACAAUACCAUUGCAAUAUGCUAUUGUCAUUGGCUUACCACCAGAUAUUUGUUUAGCAUUGCCAUGGGAUAAAAAUGAAAUUUUGAGCAACUUUCGUGAUUGGAUGUUUUUACCAGAUAUUGAUUCUCCACCAGAUGCUUAUAAAUUACUUUGUGAUUUUAUUGUAUUACUAUUUGUGUCUCGUCAAUCUAUUGUCUUCAAAAUAGAAAGAAGACAUAUAGAUGUUGAAUAUCCUGGUGGGACAAAUCGUUCUAUUAUUGAAGAAGCAGAAAAACCUAGUUUUAUAAAUCCAGUGCCCGAUUUUGUUACCCAUAUUAGAUCAUGGCUUGAUAUACUGAAGCGAAUUGUUCUCAUUGGAUUUAUUUGGUUUACAUUAGCCAUCGUAUUCUUGGCUGGUACCAAUAGAGUUAACUUAUUUUCUCUUGGAUAUUUAAUUGGUUCUUUCAUAUUUUUAUGGCAAGGCAAUGACUAUUAUCUUCGACCAGUUAAUGUUAUUCUUAAAUGGUGGAAUAAAUUAAUACUCUACAAUAUUACUGUUAUUUUUUUGAAAGCUAUACUCCAGAUACCUGGUUGUAUAUAUAUGAAUUACAUGAAGAUGAAUGCCUGUUGGAUGAUACAGCUUUUUGGUAUAUCUUGUAUUCAAAAGUUUUCUACUAAUCAUCCAGCCGUUACUCCAUCAGAAAAUGAGGAUUGUGAAAUACCGGUUGAACAUGUUGGCUUAGCGUGGGAUAUUUUAUGUUUUGGAUUUUUAAUAUUUCAAAGACGUUUAUUCAAUAGCCAUUACUUCUUCAGAAUUGUAGAUGAAACAAAAGCAAUGGCCAUAUUAGCAUCUAGGGGAGCCGAAUUAAUUCAAGAGCUUUCUCAAAAAAGAAUCCAAGAACAACACGAGUCGGAACGUAAGGUAUUGGAAAAAAUAAAAUCUAAAAUGGAUCGAAUUAAAGCUACCCAAAAGAAAAUCCAAGGUUUUGGUGUUAAAGAACCCGAGUCGCAUGAAAAAGCUGAAGAAAUUGCGUUCGCCCCUCUGGCUCGCGAUUUAUCAGGCAGUUCUAUCCUUCAAAGUUUUCACACGCCACUUGAAGACGAACCACCAACAUUAUCGUAUUUACAACCUCCAACACCCACAUCCACUGUUUUAACCGUAUCACUUGAUGGUUAUUUGGACCCACAACGUAUGUCAUUCAGUAGCACUAAUCAUCGACGACCUUUGUCAUUUGAUGAAAGUGCUAUUUACUCUGGUGUGUUUUCACCUCCACCAACAAUACAACAUCGACGUCAAUCUUCGCUUGGUGUACCCUCAACAUGGUACCCACGCAAGAGAUCUGCUUCAGCUACGACAUCUCAUCAUACUUCUAUCCGUUCUGGUGAUUAUUACAUGUUUGAUGAAUUUGAUGACGAAUUAGAUUCAAUUGUGGAAAAAGAUAAUGAAUUAAGUGAUGAUUCAAUGGAGGAUUCAGAUAAAACAGAUACUGAUAAAUAUGAUUUUCAAGUAAAAAAGAAAGUGAGAGACAAAUCAGUAGUUGGAGAAUCAAGCAGAUUUGACCAGGGCGAUCUAGAAGAUGUAACACAAGAAACUCAAGAUGGAGAAAAAAUAAAAUCAUUUAGCAAAAAAAUCAGAGAUAAUAUUAAUUUAUUUAUGGCUUUUGUCAAUAGUUCAACAACAACUCUAACUAGAAAAUUAAAUAAAAUUUCUCGGGACUAUAGAUAUGUUAUUCGGACCCUAGCAGUAGAAAAAAAAACAUUAAAACAAAAUCGAGGUUUUGGAAUUGGCCUAAGGACAGGUUCAUCGAUGAUUUGGCAGCCUAUGCCAUUUGUUGGUAAAAGUGUAACUUUAAGUGCAGAAAAAUUAGAAGAACUUGAAGAACAACAAGAAUUAAAUGCUUCCAAUCAACCUCAACUUAUGCGUCUUGUCCUUGCUGUUUGGUUUGCUAUCAUAUCACAUUCUGAUUUAGUGUGUUAUUUUAUGAUAUUUUUGCAUCAAAUUAAAUCGGCUACCAUUUUAAGUUUACCAUUGCCAUUGAUGGUUUUUCUUUGGGGAACACUUACUGUUCCUCGACCAACAAAAAAUUUCUGGGUCACACUUAUUGCAUACACAGAAGUAAUUGUUGUCAUCAAAUGUAUGUUUCAAUUCGACAUGAUACCAUGGAAUCAACAAGUUGUUACCGAUAAUAUGCCAUUCUUCUUGCCAAGAAUUAUUGGUAUUGAGAAAAAACCAAAUUAUGCCACAUACGAUUUGUUCUUACUACUUGUUCUGUUCUUUCAUCGAACCAUGUUGAAGUCAUUGGGUCUGUGGAAAAGUUCACUGUCAUUUAAAGGAACGCCUAUCAAUCAAAUAUCAUUAUUUGAUACAAUUGACACUAGAUGUUCCAUGGGUUCCGAGGGUUAUCAAGGAUCUAUAGAUAAUGACACAAAUACUGAGCAAACGACGGUUGUAUUGGCUCCUGAAUUUUUACAUUCCAGUAACAAGGACGUUCAAUUAAUUCAUAAAUCCUAUGAACAAUCAUUUGAUAAAUCAAAUUCAAUUGAAAAUGAUAAUCUGUUAGAAAUAAUGCCAUCAUCUCUCAAAAAGCAUUGCAGUCCAUUAGUGUCUUUCUUUGAACAGUUGAUUGAUUCUAGCUCACGAGUUAAUGCUGACGUGUAUACGUAUAUGUUCUUGUGUGAUUUCAUCAAUAUAUUUGUUGUUGUUUUCGGAUUUUCUGCUUUUGGGUCACAAAGUGAUGGUGGUGUGUCUCAAUACUUUGAAGAAAAUAAAGUUCCAGUUCCAUUUUUAAUCAUGUUGACACUCCAAUUUGCGUUAAUCACUGUUGACCGGUUGCUCUAUUUAAGAAAGUAUAUUCUUGGGAAAAUCCUAUUCCAAUUCGUGUUAAUAAUUGGUUCUCAUAUUUGGAUGUUCUUUAUAUUACCCGGGGUCACAGAAAGACAAUUUAAUGCUGUUAUACCACCUCAAGUUUGGUAUAUGGUAAAAUGCUUUUAUUUGUUACUAUCUGCAUAUCAAAUAAGAAGUGGUUAUCCAACUAGAAUUCUCGGAAAUGUUUUAUGUAAAAAUUACAAUUACAUAAACAUGAUUCUAUUCAAACUUUUUAUGUUGUGCCCAUUCGUCUUUGAAUUACGAACUAUUAUGGACUGGGUAUGGACUGAAACAUCAAUGACGUUACCAGAUUGGCUUAAAAUGGAAGAUAUUUUUGCACACAUUUUCCAACUAAAAUGUUCAAGGCGUGUGGAAAAUGAGUAUCCGAAUCCUAGAGGUAUAAAAGUUACACCAGCAAAAAAAUACUUGAUUGGAGGUGGGUGCUUGAUCGGUUUAGUGGCUGCUAUUUCAUUUCCACUGGUAUUGUUUGCUCUUGGAAAUACAGUUGGAAAACCUAAUUUACCUGAAAGUAUGACUCUAAAUGUUAAACUUGGAUCGAAUCAACCUAUAUAUACAAUGACAAUUGAAGGAACCGUUGAGAAGUUUGACGAAGCUGACUGGUACUCAAUGAUAAAUGUCUACAAAAAGUCUCGGUCAGCACAAACUUUCUUGUCAAACUAUGAUUAUGAAGAUGUUGGUGUAUUUCACAUUACAACUCAUUCAGCAAAUACAUGGUCAAUUAGUCCUCCUGAAUUGGAUAGCAUGAUAUAUGAACUUAAUAAACCCAAUGCUUCUUACACGGUUAAAACUGAUUGGGCAAUUAACCGCAAGAAUUCUUACGGAGAACAACCAAAAGAUGUUAAGGAUAGUCAUGAGAUUUCUAUAAACCAAACUAUUUGUGCAGAAUUAGCAAAUCUCAUUACGACGAAAAACCAUAGUGUAAUGCUAUAUGGUUUAAUACCUAAGUUUAUAAAAGUUACAGGAUUUGGAGGAGCAUUAGCAGUGUCGCAGCUUAUGAUCAGUAACGAAAGUGAACCGUAUAUGAAUGCGAGUGUGUUCUUGAAUAGCUUUGAUAGUAAUAGCAAAGAUAGUGAAAAAUGGUGGGAUUUAUUUGAAGAAUGUCCUCAUGAGACUUCUGCUCGAUAUUUGUAUGAAUUACCUAAAAGUUCAUGUCUUCCUGGAGGUAACAAACAAAACUUUACAAUAUAUACAUUCAAUGAUAAAGCAUUUCCAGAAACAUUGAAUAUCAUCAGUGGAAAAGGGAUUAUUGGACUAUAUACAACAUUUGUUAUAGUAGUUCACACAUUUGUUCGAGGCUUUUUCACUGGUAUUUCAACCAAAAUUAUGUUUGAUGAUAUGCCAUAUGUAGAUAGAAUUCUGCAACUAUGUUUGGAUAUUUAUUUGGUAAGAGAAAGUGGUGAAUUAGAUUUAGAAGAAGAUCUAUUUGCUAAACUUGUGUUCUUAUAUCGUUCACCUGAGACAUUAAUAAAGUGGACGCGACCACCUGAUGCAACAUCAAAUGAAGAUCCUGAUGACGCUCUCCCUGAACUCUCUUCAUAAUCUCAUUCAACAUCUCUUAUAAUAAUUUUACUCAUAUGUUUAUCAUGCCUUAUUAUCAUUUAACUAUUAUUAUACUUUAGUAUUAAAUUUAUAUUAUGUUUAUAAAUAUUCAUAAAUAUCUAUGGAUAUUUUUAUGCACUUGCCAUGUCUGUGUUUUAUUGCUAUUUUUAAGUUGUUGAUAACUU